AUGAGGACAAGUUUCCUGGCGGUGAGUACAAGGUUCCUGGCGGUGAGGACAAGGUUUCUGCCGGUGUGGAAAAGGUUCCUGCCGUUGAGGACAAGGUUCCUGGCGGUGAGGACAAGGUUCCUGGCGGCGUGGACAAGGUUGCUGGCGGUGAGGACAAGGUUUCUGCCGGUGAGGAAAAGGUUCCUGGCGGUGAGGACAAAGUUCCUGGCGCUGUGGACAAGGUUUCUGCCGGUGAGGACAAGGUUCCUGGCGGGGAGGACAAGGUUCCUGGCGGUGUGGACAAGGUUCCUGCCGGUGAGGACAAGGUUCCUGGCAGUGUGGACAAGGUUUCUGCCAGUGAGGACAAGGUUCCUUCCUGGCGGUGAGGACAAGGUUCCUGCGGUGAGGACAAGGUUCCUGUCCUGUGAGGACGAGGUUCCUGCUGGUGAGGACAAGGUUCCUGGCGGUGAGGACAAGGUUUCUGCCGGUGCGGACAAGGUUCCUUCCUGUGAGGACAAGGUUCCUGGCCGUGAGGACAAGGUUCCUGGCGGUGAGGACAAGGUUUGUGGCGGUGAGGACAAGGUUCCUGCCGUGUGAGGGCAAGGUUCCUGGCUGUGAGGACAAGGUUCCUGGCUGUGAUGACAAGGUUCCUGGCGGUGUGGACAAGGUUCCUGCCGGUGAGGACAAGGUUCCUGACGGUGUGGACAAGGUUUCUGCCGGUGAGGACAAGGUUCCUGGCUGUGUGGACAAGGUUUCUGCCGGUGAGGACAAGUUUCCUGGCGGUGAGGACAAGGUUCCUCGCGGUGAGGACAAGGUUCCUUCCUGUGAGGAGAAGUUUCCUGCUGCUGUGGACAAGGUUCCUGCCAGUGUGGACAAGGUUCCUGCCGGUGAGGACAAAGUUCCUGGCGGUGUGGACAAGGUUCCUGCCGGUGAGGACAAGGUUCCUGCCGGUGAGGACAAGGUUCCUGCCGGUGAGGACAAGGUUCCUGGCGGUGUGGACAAGGUUUCUGCCCGCGAGGACAAGGUUCCUGCCGGUGAGGACAAGGUUCCUGGCUGUGAGAACAAGGUUCCUGCCGGUGUGGACAAGGUUUCUGCCGGUGUGGACAAGGUUUCUGCCGGUGAGGACAAGGUUCCUGGCGGUGUGGACAAGGUUUCUGCCGGUGAGGACAAGGUUCCUGCCGGUGAGGACAAGGUUCCUGGCGGUGUGGACAAGGUUCCUCGCGGUGAGGACAAGGUUCCUGGCGGUGUGGACAAGGUUUCUGCCGGUGUGAACAAGGUUUCUCGCGUUGAGGACAAGGUUCCUGCCGGUGAGGACAAGGUUCCUGGCGGUGUGGACAAGGUUUCUGCCGGUGAGGACAAGGUUCCUGCCGGUGAGGACAAGGUUCCUGGCGGUGUGGACAAGGUUCCUCCCGGUGAGGACAAGGUUCCUGGCGGUGUGGACAAGGUUUCUGCCGGUGAGGACAAGGUUCCUGGCGGUGAUGACAAGGUUCCUGGCGGUGAGGAUAAGGUUCCUGGCGGUGAGGACAAGGUUCCUGGCGGUGAGGAUAAGGUUCCUGCCGGUGAGGACAAGGUUCCUGCCGGUGAGGACAAGGUUCCUGGCUGUGAGGACAAGGUUUCUCGCGUUGAGGAAAAGGUUCCUGCCGGAGAGGACAAAGUUCCUGGCGGUGUGGACAAGGUUUCUGCCGGUGAGGAGAAGGUUCCUGGCGGUGUGGAGAAGGUUUCUGCCGGUGAGGACAAGGUUCCUGGCGGUGAGGACAAGGUUCCUGGCGGUGUGGACAAGGUUUCUGCCGGUGAGGACAAGGUUCCUGGCGGUGUGGACAAGGUUUCUGCCGGUGAGGACAAGGUUCCUGCCGGUGAGGACAAGGUUGCUGGCUGUGAGGACAAGGUUCCUGGCGGUGAGGACAAGGUUUCUGCCGGUGAGGACAAGGUUCCUGCCGGUGAGGACAAGGUUCCUGGCGGUGAGGACAAGGUUCCUGCCGGUGAGGACAAGGUUUCUGCCGGUGUGGACAAGGUUUCUGCCGGUGAGGACAAGGUUCCUGCCGGUGAGGACAAGGUUCCUGGCGGUGUGGACAAGGUUUCUGCCGGUGAGGACAAGGUUCCUGCCGGUGAGGACAAGGUUCCUGCCAGUGAGGACAAGGUUCCUGGCGGUGUGGACAAGGUUCCUGCCGGUGAGGACAAGGUUCCUGCCAGUGAGGACAAGGUUCCUGGCGGUGAGGACAAGGUUCCUGGCGGUGAGGACAAGGUUUUUCGCGUUGAGGACAAGGUUCCUGGCGGUGAGGACAAGGUUCCUGCCGGUGAGGAGAAGGUUCCUGGCGGUGAGGACAAGGUUUCUCGCGUUGAUGACAAGGUUCCUGCCGGUGAGGACAAGGUUCCUGGCGGUGUGGACAAGGUUUCUGCCGGUGAGAACAAGGUUCCUGCCGGGGAGGACAAGAUUCCUGGCUGUGAGGAAAAGGUUCCUGGCGGUGAGGAGAAGGUUCCUGCCAGUGAGGACAAGGUUGCUUCCUGUGAAGACAAGGUUCCUGGCUGUGAGGACAAGGCUCCUGUCGGUGUGGACAAGGUUUCUGCCGGUGAGGACAAGGUUCCUGCCGGUGAGGACAAGGUUCCUGGCGGUGAGGACAAGGUUCCUGUCGGUGAGGACAAGGUUCCUGCCGGUGAGGACAAGGUUCCUGCCGGUGAGGACAAGGUUCCUGGCGGUGAGGACAAGGUUCCUGGCGGUGAGGACAAGGUUCCUGCCGGUGAGGACAAGGUUCCUCGUGAGGACAAGGUUCCUGGCUGUGAGGACAAGGUUUCUGCCGGUGAGGACAAGGUUCCUGCCGGUGAGGACAAGGUUCCUGGCUGUGAGGAGAAGGUUCCUGGCGGUGAGGACAAGGUUUUUCGCGGUGAGGACAAGGUUCCUGGCGGUGAGGACAAGGUUCCUGCCGGUGAGGACAAGGUUCCUGGCGGUGUGGACAAGGUUCCUGGCGGUGAGGACAAGGUUUCUGGCGUUGAGGACAAGGUUCCUGCCGGUGAGGACAAGGUUCCUGGCGGUGUGGACAAGGUUUCUGCCGGUGAGGACAAGGUUCCUGGCGGUGUGGACAAGGUUCCUGGCGGUGUGGACAAGGUUCCUGCCAGUGAGGACAAGGUUCCCUCCUGUGAAGACAAGGUUCCUGCCAGUGAGGACAAGGUUCCUGGCGGUGUGGACAAGGUUUCUGCCCGCGAGGACAAGGUUCCUGCCGGUGAGGACAAGGUUCCUGGCUGUGAGAACAAGGUUCCUGCCGGUGUGGACAAGGUUUCUGCCGGUGUGGACAAGGUUUCUGCCGGUGAGGACAAGGUUCCUGGCGGUGUGGACAAGGUUCCUGGCGGUGUGGACAAGGUUCCUGCUGGUGAGGACAAGGUUUCUCGCGUUGAGGACAAGGUUCCUGCCGGUGAGGACAAGGUUCCUGGCGGUGUGGACAAGGUUUCUGCCGGUGAGGACAAGGUUCCUGGCGGUGUGGACAAGGUUUCUGCCGGUGAGGACAAGGUUCCUGCCGGUGAGGACAAGGUUCCUGGCGGUGUGGACAAGGUUCCUGGCGGUGAGGACAAGGUUCCUGCCGGUGAGGACAAGGUCCUGCCGGUGAGGACAAGGUUCCUGGCGGUGUGGACAAGGUUCCAUCCCAAGGUCUCUGCCGGUGAGGACAAGGUUCCUGGCGGUGUGGACAAGGUUCCAUCCUGUGAGGACAAGGUUCCUGCCGGUGAGGACAAGGUUCCUGGCUUUGUGGACAAGGUUUCUGCCGGUGAGGACAAGGUUCCUGCCGGUGAGGACAAGGUUCCUGGCUGUGUGGACAAGGUUUCUGCCGGUGAGGAGAAGGUUCCUGCCGGGGAGGACAAGGUUGCUUCCUGUGAGGACAAGGUUCCUGGCGGUGAGGACAAGGUUCCUGGCGGUGAGGACAAGGUUGCUUCCUGUGAAGACAAGGUUCCUGGCUGUGAGGACAAGGCUCCUGUCGGUGUGGACAAGGUUUCUGCCGGUGAGGACAAGGUUCCUGCCGGUGAGGACAAGGUUCCUGGCGGUGUGGACAAGGUUCCUGGCGGUGUGGACAAGGUUCCUGCCGGUGAGGACAAGGUUCCUGGCUGUGAGGACAAGGUUCCUGGCGGUGAGGACAAGGUUUCUGCCGGUGAGGACAAGGUUCCUGCCGGUGAGGACAAGGUUCCUGGCUGUGAGGACAAGGUUUCUGCCGGUGAGGACAAGGUUUUUGCCGUUGAGGACAAGGUUCCUGGCUGUGAGGAGAAGGUUCCUGGCGGUGAGGACAAGGUUCCUGGCGGUGUGGACAAGGUUCCUGGCGGUGAGGACAAGGUUCCUGCCGGUGAGGACAAGGUUCCUGGCAGUGUGGACAAGGUUCCUGGCGGUGUGGACAAGGUUUCUGCCGGUGAGGACAAGGUUCCUGGCGGUGUGGACAAGGUUCCUGGCGGUGUGGACAAGGUUCCUGCCAGUGAGGACAAGGUUCCCUCCUGUGAAAACAAGGUUCCUGCCAGUGAGGACAAGGUUCCUGGCGGUGUGGACAAGGUUUCUGCCCGCGAAGCCAAGGUUCCUGCCGGUGAGGACAAGGUUCCUGGCUGUGAGAACAAGGUUCCUGCCGGUGUGGACAAGGUUUCUGCCGGUGUGGACAAGGUUUCUGCCGGUGAGGACAAGGUUCCUGGCGGUGUGGACAAGGUUCCUGCCGGUGUGGACAAGGUUCCUGGCGGUGUGGACAAGGUUUCUGCCGGUGAGGACAAGGUUCCUGGCGGUGUGGACAAGGUUUCUGCCGGUGAGGACAAGGUUCCUGCCGGUGAGGACAAGGUUCCUGGCGGUAUGGACAAGGUUCCUCGCGGUGAGGACAAGGUUCCUGGCGGUGUGGACAAGGCCUCUGCCGGUGAGGACAAGGUUCCUGGCGGUGUGGACAAGGUUCCAUCCUGUGAGGACAAGGUUCCUGCCGGUGAGAACAAGGUUCCUGGCUGUGAGGAUAAGGUUUUUGGCGGUGAGGACAAGGUUCCUGGAGGUGUGGACAAGGUUCCUGCCGGUGAGGACAAGGUUCCUGGCUGUGAGGACAAGGUUUAUCGCGUUGAGGAAAAGGUUCCUGCCGGAGAGGACAAAGUUCCUGGCGGUGUGGACAAGGUUUCUGCCGGUGAGGAGAAGGUUCCUGGCGGUGUGGACAAGGUUCCUGCCGGUAAGGACAAGGUUCCUGCCGGUGAGGACAAGGUUCCUGGCGGUGUGGACAAGGUUUCUGCCGGUGAGAACAAGGUUCCUGGCGGUGUGGACAAGGUUCCUGCCGGUGAGGACAAGGUUCCUGCCGGUGACGACAAGGUUCCUGGCGGUGUGGACAAGGUUUCUGCCGGUGAGAACAAGGUUCCUGGCGGUGUGGACAAGGUUUCUGCCGGUGAGGACAAGGUUCCUGCCGGUGAGGACAAGGUUCCUGGCGGUGUGGACAAGGUUGCUGCCAGUGAGGACAAGGUUCCUUCCUGUGAGGACAAGGUUCCUGCCAGUGAGGACAAGGUUCCUGGCGGUGUGGACAAGGUUUCUGCCGGUGAGCACAAGGUGCCUGCCAGUGAGGACAAGGUUCCUGGCUGUGAGGACAAGGUUCCUGGCGGUGAGGACAAGGUUUUUCGCGGUGAGGACAAGGUUCCUGGCGGUGUGGACAAGGUUCCUGCCGGUGAGGACAAGGUUCCUGGCGGUGUGGACAAGGUUCCUGGCGGUGAGGACAAGGUUUCUCGCGUUGAGGACAAGGUUCCUGCCGGUGAGGACAAGGUUCCUGGCGGUGGUUUCUCGCGUUGAGGACAAGGUUCCUGCCGGUGAGGACAAGGUUCCUGGCGGUGUGGACAAGGUUUCUGCCGGUGAGAACAAGGUUCCUGCCGGGGAGGACAAGAUUCCUGGCUGUGAGGACAAGGUUCCUGGCGGUGAGGAGAAGGUUCCUGCCAGUGAGGACAAGGUUGCUUCCUGUGAAGACAAGGUUCCUGGCUGUGAGGACAAGGCUCCUGUCGGUGUGGACAAGGUUUCUGCCGGUGAGGACAAGGUUCCUGCCGGUGAGGACAAGGUUCCUGGCUGUGAGGACAAGGUUCCUGGCGGUGAGGAGAAGGUUCCUGCCAGUGAGGACAAGGUUGCUUCCUGUGAGGACAAGGUUCCUGGCGGUGAGGACAAGGUUCCUGGCGGUGAGGACAAGGUUCCUGGCGGUGAGGACAAGGUUCCUGGCGGUGAGGACAAGGUUCCUGCGGUGAGGACAAGGUUCAUGGCGGUGAGGACAAGGUUCCUACCGGUGAGGACAAGGUUCAUGGCUGUGAGGACAAGGUUCCUACCGGUGAGGACAAGGUUCAUGGCUGUGAGGACAAGGUUCCUACCGGUGAGGACAAGGUUCAUGGCUGUGAGGACAAGGUUCCUACCGGUGAGGACAAGGUUCAUGGCGGUGAGGACAAGGUUCCUGGCGGUGAAGGGCAAUGUUCCUGGCGGUGA